AAGAGAUUUCAAGACCGCUACAAACUUUCAAAUCGACAAUCACGAUGAGUGGUCGACCUCCGCUUCCCAAACGGCAGCAUAGUUAUCAUUUUUCCGUGAGCGCAGAUGCUCUGGGCAGCAGCAGUGGUCACGAAGGCGGUUCUGAUCAUCACUAUCAUGAGCCCAGCAUUGACUCUUUGACCUACGUUGCUGAUGAGUCCGAUGCCUGGCGCGCGCACGAAGCUACCCAGCAGUUUCUGCACCGGGGAAAGUUCUGGAACAAGGGCAAACACGAGACGACCCAACGGUACUUUCUGAUUUCGGCAAUUGGAAUUACGCAGGCGACCGUGGCCUACCUUACCAAUUUAAGCUCGUCCUACUUUAUUAAGUCGAAAUAUGGUCAAGUUUACGACUUGCUCGAACACGGUCAUGUUGCACACGCUUUUUUUCGUUUCUUAUUUAUUCAAACAGCCUUUGCCGCCGUAGCCAGUAUCUUCGUUUGGAUUGAGCCAGUAUCAGCAGGUUCCGGAAUCCCGGAAGUAAAGUGCUACCUAAAUGGCGUCGACUUGCCGCGGGUGGUAGACCCCAAGACGCUGAUCUGCAAGGUACUCGGGGUGAUUUGCUCCGUCUCAGCCGGUCUCCCGGUGGGUAAGGAAGGUCCGAUGGUACACUCCGGAGCUGUCGUGGCCACGACCGUUGCAGCCGGUCGGACCCGGAACGAUGUACAAAAACGCGAUCUUGUGGCCUGCGGAGCUGCCGCUGGAGUGUGCACGGCGUUUUCAGCGCCCAUUGGGGGCAUCCUCUUUGCACUCGAAGAAGGCGCGAGCUACUGGGCACCCUCGCUCACCUGGCGAACCUUUUUUUGCAGUAUGAUCGCAUUCACAACGCUGCUGGUUUUGAAUACCAUCGGAACAACCUUUGGAAAACUAGGCUUCAACCGGCUAUUUUCGUUCGGAAAUUUCCUGUACGAAGGGCGGGAGUCCAGCUUUGCCGUCUACGAGUUGGCCAUUUUUGUGUUGAUUGGGGUGUUGGGAGGUCUGAUUGGCGCCAUUUUCAACAACACCAACGAGAAAAUCACACAUUGGCGAAUUAAAAAUAUCAACCACUCCAAGAAACGACGUUUCGUGGAAGUCUUGUUGGUUUCCAUGCUUGUCUCCACCAUCUCAUUUCUGCUCCCGCUUUUAUGGGGUCAAUGCAAGGCUCUACCCCACGAUCCAAACUUUUCUGAAAGCGAACAGGAACUUGUUGAAAGCCUGGUACCCUUUCGCUGCGUCGCCGGAAAAGAAUACAACGAAGUGGCUUCUCUGAUGUUUACUGAUCCAGGAGACGCUAUUCGCCUACUAUUUCACAUGCGCAAACAUGCCUUUAGUUUCGGUGCGUUGCUGCUCUUUUUCUUGUCCUACAUUUCGCUCGCCGUUCUUGUAUACGGAAUUGCGGUUCCGUCGGGACUCUUUGUCCCUAGUCUCCUAUCGGGGGCUGCUUUUGGGCGUCUCUUUGGAAACUUGGCACUCCGGCUGUCCCCAAAUCUGGCCUUUAGCAACACAUAUGCAUUGAUUGGAGCGGCAGCAGUGCUAGGCGGUAUGGCACGCAUGACCAUUAGCUUGACUGUAAUUCUUUUGGAGUGCACAGGAAAUGAACAAUUUGUGCUGCCUCUAAUGUUGACUCUCAUGACGGCACGCAUUGUCGGUGGAGUCUUCAACGAAGAUUUGUAUCAUAUUCACAUUCACCUCAAAAAAGGUGUCAAUUUUCUGGAAGCUGAGCUUCGCUCGAUCACCAGGCAUCACAAUUUGAUUGCAGGUCAUGUUAUGAGCCCCAAAGUCAUUUUUGUGCGCCCUGUGGAAAAGGUGGGCGUUAUCUAUGAUAUUUUGAAAAGCUCCCAGCAUACCAAUUUCCCGGUAAUCGAUACGGAAGACAAUGGUGUUUUGUUCGGUACGAUUGGCCGGAAUGCUCUGUGCGUGCUUCUGAAAUACCGAGCGUUUGGGUUCCCCAAGAGCGAGUCUAGCGAAACUGGCAAAGGCAUGAUCCAGAACUACCUCAAGUUGGAAUGCGACGACGAAAAAUUCCUGCCUUUGGUACAGUGGGAGGUCUUGGAAAAGGCGUAUCCCAAGUACCCGUCCAUUUCGGAAAUCCGAGUGAGCCGGGAAGACCGUGAGUGCCUGGUGGAUCUUCGACCGUACGCCAACGUGGCCGCCAUUACGGUUCCUGAAACCGCGUCCAUUUCGAGAACAUACCAGGUGUUCCGGAGUUUGGGAGUGCGGUUUCUGCCGGUGGUGAACCGACACAACCAAGUCGUCGGAACGAUCACGCGGCCAGAUCUGACUCCGGAUGCUCUCGCCGAGAAAAUGAUUGGCAAGGGAAAGAAGUUACAGUAGGGAAAAUAGUGUCCUGUUUUUUGUUGUUGUGUAUUUGGAGUUUCAGUUCUGGAGAAAGCAGAGGGGGUGGUAGCCUUCCAAUGUUUUCCUAGUUUUUGUUCCGUUUUUGUAACUAACAGUAAAUUAGCCUGUUCACAUUACUGCUGUC